AUGAAGCUCGAGGACGAGGUGGUCAAGGGCGAGUCGGGCGUGGUGAGGUUCCGGAUAUGGCAGCCCGCCCACUACGGGAGGAACCAGUGGGCGGUGGACAGCCUCAAAAUCAUGGCUGACGUUCAGGUGUCCAGCAUCCAGGCUGAUUUUGCGCCCAACGCGAUGGUGUCCUCCCCGUGGCUGACCGUGACAGGGCACCACCAGCGGGCCUUCUGCGGGAGCGAGGAGGCGGCGCAGGUCAUGGACGGGGAAGAACCCGUGCGGGAGGCCGUCACCAACACGCUGGCGCUGCAGGAGGGAGAUGUCGUGUCGUUCCAGUACAGCAAGGACGGCGGCGUACCUGGUCUCUGGUGCACGAAGGAUUGCCCCCCGGCCGCCCUGCACUGCGACCCUCCAAGCGAACCCACCGUGUACAAGUCCGGGGGCACCGCGGGGCCGUGGCAGAGGGUCGUCGCCGCCUCGACCACGGCUGGCGCCACGGGUGAGUCGGAGAGGGGAGGAAGCGGACCCGCCUACGCCUGUGGAGCGGGAGCAGGAUGGCGUGGCGGGGGCGGCGGCGAGUGGGCGGUCGACAACGUGUUCCUGGGCGACACCUGUCCCUGGAUGUGCUCCGGCCACGGCUACUGUCGCCACGGGAAGUGUGUCUGCGACGAGGACUACUUCGGCGCCUUCUGCGUGCCGGCGAGGGUCCUCCCCUGCGAGCUCCUGGACACCUUCGACCGCCCGAGCCUCGACCCCGCCCUGUGGCACUCGGCGCAGGGGGCGGAGGUCUCGCAGCGGUGCCACGCCCUGGUGUCCAAGACGGCCAUGGUGUUCUUCAAGGACGGUGUACGCCAAGCCACCACCACGGACCUGGACAUGACGGGAGGGCAGUACGUGCAGUUCACAAUCAUGAUGGGUUGUGAGGCGCCGAGAGGAGCCAGGACCAAGAGAGGAGCUACCAUGAUCGAGGACCCUCUUAUCUCUCCUUCUGGGUCUUCUCCUUCUUCCUCUUCUUCCUCUUCGUCGUCUUCUUCGUCUUCUUCUUCGUCGAGUGAGCAAUCUAGUCGGCGCUAUGGCGUACUCGUCCAGUACUCUGUCAACGGUGGCAUUACUUGGAAACUGCUCAAGGAGCUGCACUUCCUGCCCCUCGCGGCGCCCGAGUUCGUGAGCAUCCGCCUGCGGGACUUCCCCGGGGCGGCCACCAACGCCACCCGCUUCCGCCUGUGGCAGCCGCGGCACGAGGGCCUCCUGGCGCAGACGUGGGCGGUGGACAACGUCUUCAUCGGAGGCACGCCCGUGUCGCCCAACGCCCUGCACGACGACUUCGAGAAGGCGGCGCCCGUGCCCGACGCCUGGCUGGACUGGCCCGGCGGAGAGGUCGACGUCAUGUGCAAGCAGAGGGGCGGGCGACGCGGCCUGGUCUUCGGCAGCCAGGAGGGCGAACACGCGCUCUACUCACGUGACCUCAGCGUCGGACCCGACUCGGUGCUGCAGUACGAUAUCAUGGUGGGCUGCGGUGACGUCACGGCCCGCGACCACAGCGUCAGCGUCCAAUACACGCUGGACGCCGGACUGAGCUGGACGACGGUGCGUCCGGCGAGCGGCGUCCACCACUCGAGUCCGGACUGCCUGCACGAGCUGAGGACGCCGACGGUGCACUACCCGCACGCCGCUCCGCCGGGGACGUGGACGAGGGUCGUUGUGCCCCUGUCGGAUUUGAGGCUUUCACCGUCCGCCCGUCCGUUCCGUUGGUACCAGGGCAGCUACGGCGCGCGCGAGGCCGCCGUCCCGUGGGCCGUCGACAACGUGUUCGUGGGUCCGGCCUGCCUCGACCACUGCGGGGGCCACGGCGCCUGCCUCGACGGGGAGAAGUGCGAGUGCGACGAGGGCUACGAGGGCAGCUGCACGUGCCAUCUGCAGCUGGAUCAUCCGCAGACGCUGAUGCACGAUUUUGAAGGCUCUGACCUCUCGGAGCAGUUCUCUCGUUGGGCGGGCAGUGAAGUGUCUCGUUUCUGCGGCGUGGUGACGGGCGAGUCGCUGGUGUUCUCGGAGCAGGGCGAGAGGACGCUCGUCACCAGGGACCUCGACCUCGAGCAUGGAGGCGUCGUGCAGUUCUACAUCCGAUACGGCUGCACGCCCGACGACCUUGGCACGAGCGACGCCCCCGUGCUCCUCCAGUUCUCUACUGACGGAGGGAUCACGUGGACGCUGCUGGCUGAGCUGGGGCCGGAAGCGAGGGCGGAGUCGAGGGCGGAGUCGGAGGGACGGCAGCCAAUCACGCAGCACGUCACGCUCAAUCUACCGGAGACCGCCAAAUCGAACGCGACCCGCCUCCGCUGGUGGCAGCCCUCGACUGACGGGGAGUUCAGCAGCAUGUGGUCCAUCGAUGAGGUGUACAUAUCGAGCCUGGCGCGCGAGCUUCCCGCCUUCACCGCCCUGGACUCGGGCGCCCAUUGGCUGCUCACGCCCGGCGCCGUGCAAGAGGCCGUCUGUGGACAAGAACACAACAGCCUGCAUUUCAGUGGUCGCGAGGGAUACAGGUUUGCGGAGACUCCGGAUAUCCUGAUGAAUGAACACAGCUUCAUUCAGUUCACGAUAGCCAUGGGAUGCAAGGAGACGGGAUUCUGCUUCGAUGUGGAGGUCGAAUACUCGAUCGACCACGGGUCAACCUGGUGGCCUGUGAGAAGACACUGCCUGCCCUCUGACCCCGACUGCACCGAGUACUGGCCGGACUCCAGCCUGACCUCUGACCUGUACGCAACCCCGACGCAGGUCACCAUGCUAGUGCCUCCCCGUGCCUGGUCCGAGCGCACGCGCGUCCGCUUCGUGCAGAGGGACGGCUGGCGGCAACAACACAGCUGGUCUCUCUCGCACGUGUACAUCGGCGACGAGUGCUUCCACAGGUGCUCCGCCAGGGGGUUCUGCGACGCCGGGGUGUGCCAGUGCCAGCAUGGGUGGACAGGUAACAGCUGCGAGACUCCUGAGCGCCCCUUGCCCACCUUCCUGGCUGAGGACUUCGAGGGCGCCGUGACCCCCGGCAGGUGGCGCAGGGUCGUGGGAGCGCUUAUCACGGAUCACUGUGGGCCCGUCGCGGCUGGGUCGGCGCUGCACCUGGUUGGGGGCUGCAGCAGAUACCUGGAGACCGAGGACCUUGACCUGCGCGAGAGCCUGUUCGUGCAGUUCGACCUCCGCACAGGCUGCCUUGACCCCGUGGCAGGGCGUGAGGCCGGGGGGGACCACGCCCUCCUGGUGCAGAUCUCGUGCGACGGGGGCGUGUCCUGGGCCUCCGUCAAGAAGCUGCUCCUCGUGUACCAGCAGCCGACGUCCACACAAACAAACAAACAACAUUUAAUCAUUCACAAUAUACCCACAAUAAUAACUCUGUACGUGUGGCUGGAGGUCCCGCGGGCGCUGCGGUGCGAGGGCGGCCGCGUGCGGUGGUGGCAGCCGGAGCCGCAGGAGAGGAACCGGCUGGACUGGGCGCUGGACGCGGUCUUCGUGGGCGGCAACGUCACGCCCCCAGACGCGCUCACCUACGCCCAUCCCGACGACUUGGUGCCGCCCAUGUGGCUGAGGCGGUACAACGGGCGGAUAGACAACUACUGCGAUAACGACUUGCCGAUGUACACCAUGAUGUCCACGGCCUCUGAACCAGCUCUUAUCCAGACCAGCGACAUACAGGUGGGAAUCAACCACUCGAUCAGUUUCCAGCUGGCCAUCGGCUGCGGCGCCACGUGGGACAACCAGGUGGUCCCUGUGAAACUCGAAUACUCGGUGGACUUCGGCAACAGCUGGCGCCUGGUGAGGGAGGCGUGUCUCCCGGGGAACACCAGCUGUGCGGAGGUCACGGACGCCUCGGUGUACUACGCGCCGCUCAGAUGGCACCGAUUCGUGUACCCUCUGGCGCACGUUGGGCCGGCCAGGUACGUCCGCUUCCGCUGGCUUCAGGCGCCCUCGCACGACGUCAGCGGCGCCCACCGGUGGUCCCUCCGCGACGUCUACAUCGGCAGGUCGUGUCCCAAGCACUGCCUGGGCCGCGGGUCGUGUCUGUUCGGGGCGUGUCGCUGCGACGCCCAGUACGCCGGCGACCACUGCCAGCGGGUCGUCGUCGAUAAUGUGCCCUUCAUCCGCGACGAGUUCAGCGAGCGCGCCUUCCGGAGCCACUUCCAGCAGGUGCAGGGCGCCCUCAUCUCCGAGGGCUGCGGCGGGCUGGAGGUGCCGCCCACGGCCACCUUCCAGGGCGCCCACACCCGCCAGCUCCUCACCCAGCCCGUGGACACCCGCAGCGGCAAGUUCGUGUACUUCGUCGCCCAGAUCGGCAGCGCCCACGGCAGCGGGGUGUGCGCGAGGGCGGCCCACCGGCACCACAACGUGUUUGUGCAGUACUCCGUUGAUGGAGGCAUUCGCUGGCACCUUCUCCGGGAGCUCGACCACGAGCUGUACGUCGACCCGCGCGAGGAGUACAUCGUGCUACCCAGUCACGCCCGGAGCCCCGCCACUGUGUUCAGGUUCUGGCAGCCCCGCCCCUCCCCCCCCCGCCUGGUCCCUCGACGACCUGUUCAUCGGCGGCUCCGAGAUCAGCGCCGCCUCCCUCCUCGACCGCUUCGAGGGCGACCCCGCGGUAUCCGAGUGGCUGUUCGCGCCCCACAGCGAGGCCCACAGCGACUACUGCUCGAGCGGCACCAACGGGUCCCUGGUGUGGGGUCCCGAGAGCCCGGGGCGGAGGGCCAUCACCACGCAGGAACUCAUCGUCUCCGAGGGCCACGUCCUGCAGUUCAAGAUAUCAGUCGGGUGCGGGACAGUGGAGCAGGAGUGUCGGUACAGCCCUGGCGUUCGUCUGGAGUACAGCCGAGACGGUGGGGUAUCAGGCUGGGAUUUGGUACGCGAUCUGUGCCUCCCUGGUACCUCCCCUGACCCCGACUGCCUGCCUUAUACUUUCCACUCGCAGUCGGUGUACUACCCUGAUACCCAUACCCGCUGGAUGAGGGUUACCAUUCCUCUGCCUGAGAAGACGUGGGCCAGCACGACGCAGCUCCGAUGGGUUCAGGAGGUCAGAGGUCAGGGCAGCAAGGUCACGCCCUGGUCCCUGGACGACGUGUAUGUGGGCGAGGCCUGCCCUGACCACUGCAGCGGCCACGGGGACUGCGUCGACGGCGU